UCUUCUCAAACACCAGUCCAGUCAUUCCCUUAGCAGGCUGUAAAAGUAGGUGAUACAAAAUUAUUAUAGCAAGAGCCAGGCUGCUUAUAAGUUAUACAGCUAACUUUUAAAUGAAUUUCUUUACUAAUUUUACAAACACAUGAUGAGUGUUUAGGUAAAAUUCUGCCCUUAUUUUCAGAUGCCCUCAGUUUCUCAUUAGUUAAAAGCCCACUCAUUAGGAAGAGCAGAUUCCUGAGACAAACACAUCAGCUGUUGUAAAUUGUUCCACCAAAGUUUUCUGCUGUUCACUGAUUUUAUAGAGGACACGUCAUAACAAUUUCCCAGAAAAAAACCAUACCAUGGCUGUUUGGGUCAAACAGUUAGCAGUGAUAGUGCUGCUUACUACGGUUGAUGCUCAGCUGCUGAAGCCGGCACAGGCCCCUCUGGUUCUGCACAAGCCUUUCAUGGUGGUUUGGAAUGCGCCGACUGAGCAGUGCAGGCUGCGGUACAAGGUGGACCUGGAUCUCAGUGUUUUUGACAUUGCAUCCAACACCAAUGAGACUUUGAGUGGGUCCAGUGUGACAAUCUUCUAUCACACUCAUUUGGGAUACUAUCCCUACUACUCAGAUAACGGAGAGCCUGUCAAUGGAGGGGUGCCCCAGAAUGAAAGUCUUAUCAAACACCUUAAUAAAGCAAAGUCUGACAUUGACUAUUGCAUACCCAUGAAGAAAUUUCAGGGACUUGCAGUCAUUGACUGGGAAAACUGGAGGCCCCAGUGGGAUAGGAACUGGGGCAAUAAAAGCAUUUACAGAAAUAAAUCUCUUGAGAUGGUUAGGAGACGGCAUCCUCAGUGGCCAGAGGACAAAAUUAGGAAAGUGGCGAAAGAGGAAUUUGAAAAUGCUGGCAAGAGUUUUAUGAAUAACACCAUCCUUCUGGCUGAGCAUAUGAGGCCAAACGGUUUGUGGGGUUACUAUCUUUACCCAGACUGCUACAAUUAUGAUUACAAAGAACACCCCCAAACAUAUACAGGGAAAUGCCCAGCCAUUGAGUCUUCCCGCAAUGACCUUCUGCUUUGGCUGUGGAGGGAAAGCACUGCUCUCUACCCUUCUAUAUACCUGGAUUAUAUACUUAAGUCAAGUCCAAAUGCACUAAAAUUUGUUCACUAUCGGGUUAAGGAGGCAAUACGCGUUGCCUCAAUUGCUAGAAAAGACUACGUUUUGCCUGUGUUUGUUUACUCCAGACCAUUUUAUGCCUAUACUUUUCAUGUUUUAACAGAGAUGGAUCUUGUCAAUACCAUUGGUGAAAGUGCGGCUUUGGGGGCAGCUGGAGUUGUCCUCUGGGGCAGUAUGCAAUAUGCCAGCUCAAAGGAGAGCUGUUUAACUGUGAAACGGUACAUUGACGGACCCUUAGGACAUUACGUUAUUAAUGUGACCUCAGCAGCCAAACUCUGUAGCAAAGUCCUGUGCAAGAAGAAUGGAAGAUGUAUCCGCAAAAACAGUGACUCUUCUGCUUACCUCCAUUUGUCACCCACUAAUUUUAAGAUUCGAGCCCGUCACUCAGACAGGGACCCCAGGUUCCAAGUGACUGGUGAACCCAGCCUGGAAAGUAUUGAAGCCAUGAGGCAGAGAUUCAUGUGUCAGUGUUACCAGGGCUGGACAGGAAUAUUUUGUGAAUUGCCUGACCGAAGGCUAAUGGAGCGCUGGGUUCAUGCUGUGUUCAGUAGAUCAAGAAAACAAAAGCUUUUUGUCUUCCUCUUAGGAGCCAUGCAGCUUAUUCUGCUUUGUACUGCACACUAAAGUCUUCUGAGGCAGUGCAAGGAAAUAAAUGGUGCCACUAAUAGUUCUGUUACUUAGCAAGUUUUUAUUGCACAGGGAAAAGACACUGUUGAUUAAAUAGUUUUAUUCUGUUUUCUUCAUUUCCCACUCCUGGAAUUCCUUCAGACAUUAAACAUUUUGAAAGAAGCACCCUCUUUUUUACCAGUUCCUUUACUCUUAACUCAUGUUUUACUCAUACGUUCAACAGAUAGUUUCUGCUGUAACAGUGGAAGCUUUACCUGGGUAAAAAUGGUGAAUAAACUUGUGCAAGGAUUCAUCCAUGUAGAAGCUUAAGAAAGGACACAGAGCCUAUUUGCUUUAGAGCUGGAUGAUUUAACAUAUGGUGAUAAGGAAAGUCUUCAGGUGGACCAAGGAUCACUAACCAUUUGCUGCAGCUCUUGGUGAAGACAAAUGGCAUUUUGUGUGAGCAGCAGCACUGUGCCCAGAACCACAUCCACUGCAACUCACUGCUUCCGCAUGGAAAAUGUGAAGAGUAUAGAGUUAUACAUCAGUGCACACUUUUAAAAACGUAUAUUUCAGUAUUUCAAGACCUAAUUUGAUUCAUAUUACUUCUAGAGGUUUCAGUAUUUCCAGUGGUAGUUUUGUACCAUCAGUUUCAAAGGUACUGUUUGACUGAAAAUCUCUGCAGUUGUGAGUUAUUGGGUCAAAUGUUCAUUUUCCCACCACACCAGCCAACCAGCAGAACAUUUAUGUGUUUAGGUGAGGAGCCCUGAUCUCUGAGAGCAGUACUGGAAGCUGGCUCCUGACCCGGGUCAGGCAAUGGGAGAGCACUUGUCCUCUCGCUCCGUCCCUUGGGAAGCAGGCAGCCUUGCUGCUUGGUAUUGUGGCUGCUGCAGGCCUUUGCUUUCUGCUCUGCUAACUACACUGGUCUCUAACUCUGCUCUCCUACUGCCCUCGAGCAGUCACUCAGUGACUGGGAAAUGGGAACAGGCUGACAGAUCCCACUGCCUGUGUGCAUCUCCCUCGUGCAGGGGAGGAGAAGAAGAACUCUACUCGCUAGCAACAUUUUGGCUUGGAGUCUUUGGCUUCAUAUGGGGACCUCUCUGGAUGUGGUAUAGCUUAACGAACUACUGAUUACUGGUUAAUUUGGUGUCCAUAACACUUCAUCCUGUCAGACUGUGACAUGUCCAUUUGCAGUUAUUCAUUGGUCCAUGUUUAUGUGUGAACAAACAUAUUUCAUCAAAGACCUA